AUGACGGAUGCCCGCCCAGCAACCGAGACGGCAAAUUCGGACGCAGAGACGGAGAGCUCCAGUGAUGGCGAGGCUCGGGCGACGACCUCGACUGCAACACUACUGGCUGCCAGAAUUGCUGCGCAGCCCUGCAUGUUCUGCCUUGCCGGCACAGGCGUGCUUUGCUUCUUCGGCUUGAAGAAGCUCCUGACAUCCGGGAGUCCCACCACCUCAUGCACACCUACUACGAAGCUGAGAAAGAAGCCGAAGCCGAAGGAGCCACAGGACCUACAGCCCCUUCCCGAGCUCCAUCCCCGCUCGGAGGAAGAGGUCAAGCAGGCCGUGGACAAGUGGCUUCAGCAUGUGCGCCCCCGCGCCUGGGACUUCUUCAUUCACGAGGGUCAGAUACGAGAAGUGUUGGAGACCGUGGCUUCAAACACGGACAGGAACUACGACCCCAUUCUGGAAACGAAGUGUUCGCUUUGGCACGGAUCACUCGACGAGUACAACGAAGCGACCCACAGGAUGAUCAAGCCGGGUGAGGAGGAGGAGUCCGUCACGUAUUUGAACCGCGUCUUGGCUUUCACCUUCGCCGCGGACACCACCUUCGAAAAGCUGAUGCAGCUUCCCAAAGUGGCCUUCCGCACCUCGUGCCGCGACCCGCGUUGCGUCUGCCUGGCUUGCAUUUCGCAUGCCUCCCAGGUAGCAGCGGCUUCCCCUGUAGAGUUUGCUUUAGGCUUUAUUUGUGGCGUGAGAAGAGCCAACGGGCCUUCGCUGAUGGACAUGACCAAGUUGGAGCUCAAAACGCCGCGCCAGAAGCUGGGCUACGACGUGGGUGAGUACAUCUUGCUGCGUCCAGCCCUGGUGGCCCGUGAUGCCAAGACCUUUGAUCCAGAUGACGACGAAGUGGUGGAUGAGCUGGAGGAAGGCCAAGAAGUCCGCGCUGUAGAAAUCGUGGAGCUCAAGAAAGAGAAACGAGUGCGGGCCCGCCUCCAUGAGCCGGACGGCUGGGUAACCUUUGCCAACACGGAGACGGGGAUCCGACGAGUCAUGGCCAAGGAGGAAUGGCUGGAGACCCGCAUGGCCGAGUCGGCCGCGUCUGGUGGCGAUGCAGAAUCCGCAACGGAAUCCGAGCUGUCAGACGACGAGGCAGGGAGGUCGCCGCGAUACCGUCCGGCGGAUGUAGGCGAUCACGGUGAAAGUGAGAAUGAGGACGACUUCUACUCAGAUGAGGACGCUAAUGAACGGUCCAGGCAUCAGAAGCCGAAAGUGGCCUACGAUGUGGGCGAGUACAUCUUGCUGCGGCCAGCUUUCGUUGCACGUGAUGCCAAGACCUUUGAUCCUGAUGACGAUGAGGUGGUAGAGGAGCUGGAAGAAGGCCAAGAAGUCCGCGCUGUAGAAAUCGUGGAGCUCAAGGAGGAGAAGCGAGUGCGGGCUCGCCUCCAUCAACCGGACGGCUGGGUGACGCUGGCCAACAUGGAGACGGGUGUCCAACGAGUCAUGGCCAAGGAGGAGUGGCUGGAGACUCGCAAGGCAGCCAUGGUUGAGUCAGCAGAGUCCAGCGACGGCGAGGCAGAACCUGCAUCGGAAUCCGCUUCCUCUGAACGGUCGGAGCUGUCAGACGAAGAAGACAGGGCGGUUCCCCAGCAAAAGCGUCAACCCGGAGGCGAGACAGCCUCCUUGGCCGAUGUAGGUGUCGUUCACACUGACGGUGAUCUCCUCAAUCGCACCCACCAGGGAGAACGGGCCCCGACACCUAAGUUCAAGCAAAUCUACGUCGAGUCAAAGGGAAGUCGUGUGCAAGCGGAUGAGAACACCGAUGAUGAAGCAGUCCUCACGGAUGAAGAUGAGCUUGAGCUUGAGUAG